AUGAUCAUGAUGCUCGUCGGCGCAGGCAUCCUCUGGACCUGCUGGAACGGUUUCAACGGCGGAGAUCCCUACGCCGCGAGUCCCGACGCCGGCGUCGCCGUGCUGAAUACCAACAUCUGCACUGCCAUGAGUUUGCUCGUCUGGACCAUCCUGGACUACAUUUUCUUCGGGAAACCGUCCGUCGUCGGGGCUGUGCAGGGCGAGAUUACGGGCUUGGUUGCUAUCACUCCCGCAGCGGGGUUCGUAGCCGGAUGGGGUGCUAUUGUCAUCGGAGCUUGCUCUGGAUCCAUCCCGUGGAUAUCGAUGAAUGUACUGGGGAGACACCCAUGGUUCAAGAAGGUGGAUGACGUUAUGGGCGUCGUUCACACGCACAUGGUCGCCGGCUACCUGGGCGGCUUUCUAACCGGCCUCUUCGCGACAAUCGAGGGCUGCGCGGCCUUUGCCCUGACGAACCCCGGCGGUGCCAUCGACGGCAACGGCCACCAGGUCUGGAUCCAGAUCGUCGGCGGGCUAUUCGUUAUCGGAUACAAUAUCUUCAUGACGUCGGUUAUUAUGUUGUUCAUCAAGUAUGUGCUGCGGAUCCCGCUGCGCAUGAGCGAGGAUGAUCUCCUUGUUGGCGAUGAUGCAGUGCAUGGCGAGGAGGCGUAUGCGCUGUUCUUUGAGGGGGAACGGAACCAUGUCACGCUUCAUGCUGUGGGUGUGGGGAGUCAUAGCCAUGUACCGGAUGAAGGGAAUGGAAGUGGCAGCGGCGAAGAGCAGACUGCAAAGGCCGGGUCGAGAAAGAGUGAUUAA